UGUCUGUAUUUCUCAGUUGUAGCUACAUUGCAAAAAAGGUCAACAUUUACAUAAUUUCCCAAUUUCAUCAAAUUUUUCAUGGAUCUCCUGAAAAUGUGAAAGGGACAGUUAGCGUUAAUGUAUGCAACCCCACGCUCAAGAUAGCCCAUCAUGUAUUGUAAAACCGUGUGACCAAUGCCUAACUUGAACCGAGACUUACCUCACCAUUAGCCACUCUCACGUCUCUCACCUGUGACUGUUAUCUUACCAGUUAUCUCGUGUUAGCGUAUGGUUCAACGUCUUCUGUUGACAUUCCGUGUCCAUGUUCAGUAUGUGUUAGUUGUAGGCUAGAUUAAAAACAGAACUUUGCUUUGGCGAGAAACUAUUGAAGUGGAUCACACUAAUAUUGUAUCCUUCUGUGCCAAGUCGUGGAUGAGCAGACGACCACAAUGGCACCGGCCUUCAGGUUUUCAUCAACGGCAGCCCUGACCUUGACCUACUUCUUCGCGACCUUGAUCCACCUCGCGCUCUCAGAACUUCCGGUCAGACACACCUUCGACCUGAGCGUCCGGUACUUUACCGAUGCCAGCAUGACCUGCGACCACCCGUCCUUGAACUUGACCCUGUCAGACGACAUCGCCUCCAUCAGCUGGGUACUGCCAGAUGGCGCUCUCGUGGGAGCAGACACCGUUUUGAACCCCAGCAUGUACGUUUUCACCCCGACGGGAUUCGAACCCGUGUUCUCGACGUACAACCUGACAGCUCUGCAGGUCGACGACCCGUCUUUCGGCUUCUACACGUGCGUUGUGGUGUACACAACGCCGGGUAAAACACCGUCGGUCGUGCGUUGGGGUCUUAACGUCAACGGCGCGGAUUUCACGGAUCUGAUGGAGACGUACCAGACCAACGCCAUCAUCGGAGGCAGCGCAGCCGCAGCCAUGUUGUUAAUCGUGGGCGGGGGGUGUCUGAUCUGGAAUGUGAGGAACAGUCGGAGGUCUGACGAGAAGGAUGAGGGGGAAGGGGAGGAUGAGGGGGAAGUCGGGGAGGUGACUAAGGAGAAGUUUCUGGAACACAGCAACCAGGCGUACGCGGAGGAUGGAGAGAUGCUGAGCGUGGAGGUGCAUGUGGAGAACGGGGGCGGGGAUAUCAGCGUCAAAAUGUGAUGACGUCAGCGGCACGAUUUGAUGACGUUGGCGUUGGAAUGUGAUGACGUCAAAUUUUAGUUGCGAUGACGCUGCUAUCAAAUGUGACGACAUUUGAUAAUCACGUACGUAGUCGGUACGUGAUGGCGUGAACAUUAUAUCCACAUCAUCAUGCCACGGAUUGAACAAUAGUCUCGACGACGGCAUCACCGAGUUAUGACGUCGCCAUCAACUUGUGAUGACGUCAUAAUCUGUAAUCUCUAUUUCAAAUGAAAAAGGAUGGCAUCGAUAUCAAAAUGUGCUGACGUCAACUAAUGUUGUCAACAAAACUGACAUAAAAAAGAGAUGAUUUCUACAGUGGUGUCCACACGAUCCCAAACAAGAUCAGCAUCUGAUGUACACACUGCCAAUACCAAUCGUGUUGUUUGUAAUAAAGAACUGCUCCAAUUCGCGAGGUUGAAGUUAUACUUUCUCACUCCAGAAAAUCUCUAAUAUUUCAUUAGCUACGCAGAAAAUAUAUAAUGAAAAAUUAUUAAUUCUCAAAUUAAACACUUCAUUGAACUCGUAUUUGUA